CUGCGCGGCACUUGGUGCCUGCGCUCCGCGCUCCCCGCCAGCCGCCCCGGGGCAGGAGGCGCGCCUGGCUGCCGGCCGGCCAGACAAAGGAGGCGAGGCGCGGCGGAACCAGAGCGCGGGCGGACAGACCAUGGACUCGGAGCGCAGGCAGCCAGCCCCAGCCCUCAGGACCCGGCGCUCCCGGCCCCAGUCCUAGGCGCCCGGCCCCGCCGUCCGGGGCGCCCAGCGGGGAGACGCGGAGCCCGCGCGGUGCGGACGAGGCGGCGGCCGCCAACUAAGACGGGGCUACGCGGCGGGCGGCCCGCGCGGCCCCGGGAGCCAUGGGCAAGUGCAGCGGGCGCUGCACGCUUGUCGCCUUCUGCUGCCUGCAGCUGGUGGCUGCACUGGAGCGGCAGAUCUUUGACUUCCUGGGCUACCAGUGGGCCCCCAUCCUAGCCAACUUCCUACACAUCAUGGCAGUCAUCCUGGGCAUCUUUGGCACAGUGCAGUACCGCUCCCGGUACCUCAUUCUGUAUGCAGCCUGGCUGGUGCUCUGGGUUGGCUGGAAUGCAUUUAUCAUCUGUUUCUACCUGGAGGUUGGACAGCUGUCCCAGGACCGGGACUUCAUCAUGACCUUCAACACAUCCCUGCACCGUUCCUGGUGGAUGGAGAACGGUCCAGGCUGCCUGGUGACACCUGUCCUGAACUCCCGCCUGGCCAUGGAGGACCACCAUGUCAUCUCCGUCACUGGCUGCCUGCUUGACUAUCCCUACAUUGAGGCACUCAGCAGUGCCCUGCAGAUCUUCCUGGCACUGUUCGGCUUCGUGUUCGCCUGCUACGUGAGCAAAGUGUUCCUGGAGGAGGAGGACAGCUUUGACUUCAUCGGUGGCUUUGACUCCUACGGUUACCAGGCGCCCCAGAAGACGUCGCAUUUACAACUGCAGCCUCUAUACACGUCAGGGUAGCUUCUGCCCCGCGCCCUCCCCGGCGCCACGCCCUUGGCGGCUGGACUGACAGCGGACCGCUAGCUCGGGCCAAGAUGGGCAGGCGCGUCCCCUGGCGGCUGGCGGAACGACUACAGCUUGAGCCGGCUCGACCUGGGUUUGCAGCCAGAGAAGCUGUCUUGGACUUGGACUUGGCUCUUUGCAGCCCAGACUUCAGGGGUGGGGCGGGGCGGGGGAGGGGUGUCGCGGGGUUUGUAUUUUUUUAUCACAGCCCCGGCGUGCUCUGGGGCCUUCCUCCCUCCUCCUCCUGCGUCUCCCUUUCACCCUUCACCCCACAUCCUGCUUUCUGUCCAGAGACAAACAGCAGGAAAGACAGGCUCAGCACAUACAUUCACCAGCCCUGGGAAAAGACACCGUGAACUAAGAGCAGGAGUCCUAGGUUCUAACUGCAACUCCAUCCCUGACUCUCUGUGUGACAUCUGACAAAGCGUUUGUCCUCCCUGGGCCUCAGUUUUCCACCUUGAAUAAUUUAAAUAAUCCCUUAGCAGGUAGAACUCUGUCUGACCUUCUCAUUUGGCUCUCAAUUCCUUGGGCUAGGCUGGAAUUAUUCCCGUUUUGCAUAUGUGAAAACUGAGGUCUAGGGAUGUGAAGCAGUUGGCUUGAGGCCACACAGUUAGGCAUUUGGUGGACCCAGGCCUUGAACACAGUGUACUUUGUGUUGUUUCAGACUCCAAACACCAGAGGAUGGUCUCUGAAUUCCAUUUCCAACCCCCUUCUAGCUUGGACACUCUAGAACCCAUGUAAUCUCCAACACACACACACACCAUCAACACCACUUGCCAAUGUCUCUCUUAAAGCAAUAUACCCGUUCUCUUUUUGGGAACCAGAAGGACGGAGCCCAAAGCCCUGAAUUCAGCCUAACCCACAGGGAAGCCUUCUUAGACUCAGCCUCUGACCACCUUUGGCAAACCUUUCAAGCUCUCUCCUCUAGUAAAGGGGAAGCCACAACCCAACCGCCCCACCCCCUUCAGGUCCCUGAGGCUGGAUCGGCUGCAUCUAUGAUCCCCUACCCUUCAGCAACACCAUCAACCCCGGAAGGCUUCAUCCACCUCACUAGUUGGAAGACCUGUGGAUCUAGAGUGGAAGCAUUUACAGAUCACUCCACUAAUCACUCCAAUAUCCAGAGGCAAACUUUAAAGCCCUGAGGAGUUCUGAAGGGGCAGAAUGGGGGUGUUGGUAAUGGGGGGCAUUGGAAGGGCAGGCACCCCCACCCUUCCUUGGAGCAGUGUAGAGGUGGGAGCUCAUUCUCCCUGCCUCCUUCCACAGAUACCCCUGAGGACCCUGCGGUUUGUGCACAGGCUGGUGAGUCCUCGAGCAGAAGGGGCAGGCCUCAGUCUGUGAAAUGGGAAUGGCCCUGGGUUAGGAAGGAGGAUGGGAGGCGCAGGGAAACCCAAGGGAGCCCAGACAGUGCAAACCAUUUGCACACCUGAGCCUGUCCAUGGCGACUACUCUGCCCUUGCUCUCCACCCUUGGAUCUAGCAUUUGCUACUCUAUAAGGCGAAAUAUCCUGGAGCUAGGACCACCUCCCCCACCACCACCACCAUCCCAUCUGCAGUGCUGUGCCAUGGAGCCAGCCGCAGGAGUUCUGCUGGCCACCAGGACCACUGAGCCUGGCCAGCUGAUGGGUACAGCUCCAGAGGGGUGCAAUUCCCCUUCAGGCUGUGCUAGCUCCUGCCUCCAGCCCCCUCUCCUACCAGCUGUCAUCUUUCCCCACUCCCACCCCACCCCAUCCCUCUUUCUACUCAACGGGUUUAGCCGCUGGUGCUUUGAAGCCUUUCGUUUUUAUAAGAUGGUUUUUGCAAGGGGACCAGGUUCUCUUCUCACUGGGACAUUGUGAGACGGGAGUGUUCCCUGGGUCUUUGUGCAGGUGGGUUGAUUAAAGACGGUGAUUUCUUCUCUGU